AAAGACAUCUUUGUAAAAUCCUUGGCGGGCUAUUGAUAUCAUCCCCCUCUGAUCCUCUCCAUCUUAGGCUGGUUAGUUUGUGUUUGUUUCCUAGCAUCUGCAUCACAUUGUUUCAUGAUAAAUUGAGUUGAAUGAGUUGUCAAAGAGCCAAUUUACUGGUUAAAUUUUCAAACAAAUGAUGUACAAUUGGAGAAAUCUGGGUCCCUUGUUUUUCCUUUUCUCUUUUGUUAGACGUUCAAAUUCAAAGGGAAAAAAGGUGUGUAAGAUCUUUAAAUGAAAAUGUAAAUAUAAAUAGUCACCAAGAUGGUAUGGUUGCACACAACAAAGUUUCCCUCAAAUAUCCUUUCUCCUAAGCAUAAGGUUUUUGUAUCAGGAACUAAGAAAAAAUUAGGACAAAGUCUACAGCAGAAAAAUAUCAGGGAUUUUAAAGUUUUAAGUAUACUGCAGCAGCUCUUUUCCGGUCCACCACCCUUUUUUUUUCUGUUUGAAUGUAAUGUAAAGCCCUUAUAAGAAGCAGGUCUGUGUAAUGAAAAGAUAUUAGAGCAAUUAAAGAAGUUAAGACAGCAGCUUUGAUUAUCUUUUCCUUUGCUGGUUAGAGGUCAUGGAAGGAUUCCUUUAUUUAUAGGGAUUUUUAAUACAGAAAAUGGGAGUUGGAGGCACUUUAGAAUAUUUGUUUGAUUUGAUGGCCAGUAGCCAUAAACACAAGAAGAAACAACUGCAGACCGUGGAGCUGAAGGUCAGGAUGGACUGUGAUGGCUGUGAGCUUAAGGUCAAGAAGGCACUAUCUUCGUUAAGAGGAGUUAGAUCAGUAGGCAUAAGCAGGAAACAGCAGAAGGUGACUGUGACUGGAUAUGUUGAAGCAAGCAGGGUGCUGAAGAGGGCCAAGUCAACAGGGAAAAAGACAGAGAUCUGGCCUUACAUUCCUUACAACUUAGUGGCUCAGCCUUACACUACUCAGGCCUAUGACAAGAAGGCACCUCCUGGUUAUGUUAGGAAUGUAGAGAACACUGCCACCACUGGCACUAUGACAAUAUAUGCGGACCCCUAUAUCACAAUGUUCAGUGAUGACAACCCCAAUGCAUGCUCUAUUAUGUAGCUGAAGAAACAAUACCAAACCUUCUGUCUCAUUUACUUCUCCUCCUCUUAUGAUUAGUCUACCUAUAGACCAUUUUCAUUGUCCUCAAUGUAGUAGGGGGUUUAAUAUUUCAUUCUUGUUUUGUGGUUAAGAAGUGAUUGAGAAAAUCUGUAAGCUAAUUCAUGUUUUCAUUCUUUUCUUC